AUGUAAACAAACAAACUAACUUUUCAUUCAAACCGUGGUGGGAACUUACCUUAAAUUUAGGUUCAACUUGUACUGUCCGUCCAGCACCAUGUCUGAAUUAGAAGAAGAAGACUCAUCUCAGUUGUUGGUUUCGUUGGAUCCCCAAGUCACCUCUUCAGAUUCUGCUGAACGUAAACUUGCCCGUCAAAAUCGAAUAGUCAAACGCAAUGAAGCAGCUCUCAGGGUUACGAACGAUGGGGAUCAUCUCCCCGAUAUUGUGUCGGACAAGACUGAACUUGAAAAGCAGGUAGAGGCUAGUGCCGAAGAAUUGGAGAGACUGCUACUGGAAGGAAAAGAAUUGGUCACAAAUGUAAGGGUUGCCAGUGAUACAAGGGAAGUGAAUCGCAGACAAGAGGAGACUGACAACAGGAAGAAAAGGCUUCAGAGACUUGAAGAUGAGGAAACUGUCACCAAAACUAUGUUUGAAGAAGUCCAAGAAAAAUGGGAGAUGAUGGCUAAGCAGAAUGAUCCCAUGGACCUCAAAUCAGAUAUUGAUGCACAGAAAGAGAGAUGCAAUGAAUUGCUUGAGCAGAAAAAUGCAGUCAUCAGGGAUUUAAUGGCUGAACUAGAUGCGGCUGAUUCACGUUUUAUCACGGACCAGCAAAGGCAGCUGCAGGAAGUAUCUCUAUUGGUUCAAAGAAUUGAAAAUCAGGUCAAAAUUAUGCAGGAAGCUUAUCGCCGGGAGCUUGUGCUGAUAGAGGAAGCUAUUAACAACGAGCGAAAGGAGCUGUUAGACUCAUGUAACAAGCAAUGGGAUUCCCUUUACAAGCAGAGGGACAAAGAAGAAUCAAAUAAUUUAAAACUUCACUUUCAAGAGCAAGAAGAUCAGGAUGAGGAUGUGAAGCGCUUAAGAAUGGAGCAUCAAGAAAAAUAUCGCCAAACAAAAAUAAAACUGGACUCUGAUAUCCAGGUCAUGCAUCAUGAACUAGAACAAGUGAAAGCAAUGUGUCUUCUCAAUGCAGAAAAACUUGACUAUAAUUACCAGGUUUUGCAGAAGAGAGAGGAUGAGAAUUUAAUGAUGAGGGCACAACAGAAAAGGCGUAUCAAUAGAUUGCAAGAUAUUGCCAACAGUCUCAGGAAAAAGAUGAGAGAAUCUGAAGCAGCUGCUGAGAUAGAAACAGUUAGACUUCAUGAGGAGAUAACUCGCCUUCAUCAAAAUAUUGGGGAUAUUGAGAAAAAGGCAAAUCAUUUUGCCAAUAUUAAUGAUCGGCGAUACCAACAAGUAUGGAACUUGCGCCAAGAGACUGCGAAUAAAUUAUUGUCUAAGAUUAUGACAAUUGAUCGCCUUAUCCAUGAGCAACAGCUCGGUCUUGAAUGGACUGCUCCUGAGAAUAUCCUUCUGGACAAGGAAGAUCUACAAUCUUAUCAAGCUGCAGUGAAACUUGUUUAUCAAGUUUUGGAGCCUAAAGAAGAAAAUCUUGAAGAACCAGGAGAUACCACAGAUUCUCCAAAAGAACAGCCCGAAUGUUCUGACUCUCAACUUGAUGAGGGGGGAGAGAAGAAAGAAGUGGAUGUUGUCCUAAAGGAGCUCUCAAGGCGCCGCCUCUUUAAAUUAGUACUCCAAAGGGUUGCUGACAGUGCAGGAUUUCUUGUUGAGGAGAGAUUGAGAGAUCUCUUAGCUCCUUACUCUGAAUCCCAAAAGACUAUAAUAUGCCUUGACAAUGUCUUUAAUGCUUUAGGACUUCGACAUGAAAAAGAUAUUGAGAUGCUGAGAGACUAUUUUCUUCCUUAUGCAACAUGUACUCUUUGCACAAAACCAGGCUCAGAUAAUAAGGUUUCCUCAGUAACCAAAGGUCUUACCACUGAUGAAAAUGUUCCAGAAGUGCAAACAUCAGAAACUCAAGAUGAAGAUGUACUUGGAUCAGAACAUGCAACAGUGUCAUCUGUGUUAGGUUCUUCUGAUCCAUCCAUCAGAAAAUUUAAAGAUACCUCCUCAUCAAAAGCGGAUGGAAGUCGCCCAAGUCUAACACAGUAUGUCCCAUGUGGCCCUCCUGAUAAGAUCUGUUGUGAUCUUCAUCCACUAGAAAUUGACCCUGUGUAUGUCUUGCAAGCCCUGAGAAGCUUUAUAUCAAAUUUUCAACAAAAUAAAUUGGGAGAUUUGAAGUCUAUCGCCUUUUUACUGUCCCAAAAGAGAAACACUAUAUCCCGGCUCCUUUCAGUAGAGGAUGUAUCCAAAUUUUGGCACAGAUAUCAAAAAGCUUUCCCCAAAAAAAGAGAGCAGCUUUGGGAAGGCUUUUUGAUUGCCUUGAAUAAAUAUCAUACAAUUUUGGCAGAGAGACACAAGCUCAACAAUGAAGCAAAAGCACUGGCUAGACAAAAUGAAGAGCUACGUAGACUACUUAACAGCUACAUGAAAAACAAGUUAGAUGGAAAGCGACAGACAAAAGACACAUUGCCACCUUUAUUCAACAGGAAGGUAGUUGAAAAUAAUGUUUAACAAUAUUGUGCGUGAUUUUUUUUUUCUGAUGUUCCUGUAUUCCCAAACUGACAUUUUUGAAAUAUGUACCAAAUUUAAAUGUUUUUAUCACCCAUAAACUAGUAGGGUAUGUUGUUAAUGUCCCAAAUUCUGCUGUGAUCUUGUUUUUCUUUUUUUUAGCACUUAUUGCUUGUGUGCCAUUUUGAUUUAUUGUAUUUCAGUCUUUUAUAUAUCACAUACAUAAUUUUAUGACUUUA